UUAAACAAGUAAUCUAACCAAUUAGUCAUUGAUUUUCAAUCAUUUAAAGUUCAAACUAUUGUUCAGCAUAACAUGGAUAAGAAGUAUGAAGUCUAUUUAUAGGAUAGACAUGUAAAUAUAAUCAGGCAUAAAGACAUGCAUACAUACAUUGAUUAUUAGGAAAUUAUCCAUUUGCAAGAUCAAUAGAUCAUAGUUUAGUUAAAGAAAAUGUAUGCAACAAGACUUCUUUCCAUGUACAAAAGGAAUCCAAGUGCUCUUUCAGAUCCACCACCAUCAGGACCAAAUUCAAGUUAUCUUGUUCUAUUAGAUGAAGAAGCUCAAACUUACUCUUGUUUUGGUUUGUCUAAGAACAAAAGAAUCAAGGAUUUUCCAUUCCCUCAGAACAAAAAUUUAACCAUUGCUUCUUUAGUUGGUGAAGACACUCACACAUACAGAGAAGAAGCUAUGUUCCUUCCAGUAUUGAAUCAACCAUUGUCUUCAAAUCGUUACUAUGUCAUUAGAAGGAAAGGGAAGAAUCAAGGGCAAGCUAGCACAAGUUCAAUGGAAGAGGACAUGAGCACAUGUUUAUGCUUCGGUAUUGUUAAUGAUGUUAAACCAAGACCACUAGAGCCCUUCAAUGAUUAUCAACAGGUUGAAAUAAUCAAGAAAGAUUUUGGUUUUUGCUCAAAAUCUGUUGCCUCUGAUGGAAUUCCUCCCGGUUUAUUAAGAGCAAAAUGGUGGAGACUUUAUGCCACCACUCCUCAUACAUACCAUUUAAGCCAAGCUUUAGGCUCAAAUGAUUCCUUGCGUUCCAAGCUACCCAAUUUCAACUUUUCAUUGUCCAAUCAUUGUUCUGAAUCAGUGGUUGUUGGUAAAUGGUAUUGUCCUUUUAUGUUUGUGCAUGAAGGAAUGAAAUUAAAGGAGCAAAUGAAUAUGUCAAUGUUCUAUGAGCUAACACUUGAGCAAAGAUGGGAAAAGAUAUUUUCAAAGGAAAAUGAAAAUAGUGUAGAGGGUGAUGUGUUUGUAGAUGUUGUUGUUCAAACAAAAGUUGCUAAAGUAGGAGGGAGGGAUGCUAUUUGGGAUGAAAAUAGAUUGGUUGAUGGAGUGUUGUGGUUUAAGGGUUUUGAUUACGUUGGAGAAGAGGUGAAUGUUGGAUUGAGUUUGGAAGUUGUUGAGGGAAUGAAAUGGGAACAAGAAAGAGUUGGAUGGAUUGGUGCAAAUGGAAGAGAAGUUAAAGUAACAAAAGUUGAAGAGUUUGGUGGAAAAAAUAUGUGGAAGAAAUUUAGUUGUUAUGUGUUGGUUGAAAGUUUUGUAUUGAGGAGUAUGAAUAAAAGAAUGGUGGUAACUUGUGAUUACAAACACUCCCAUCAAACUAGGAGUAAAUGGGAAUGAUUAUUUUCUUAAACAUCUUGAUUUAAUCUUUGGUUUUCUAUAUGUGUGAAUCACAUUAAUUUUUUAAUAUAAUUGUUUUUUUUAAGACGAAAGUUUUUCUAGUUAUAACAAUUUACUUCGUA